GCGAGGUUGGUCGCAGGCGGCGGAAGUUGACAACGACGAUGAUUUCAUGACGGAGGACGAUCAAGGCGAGGCGACGGCGUCUGCAUGACGGGAGAGUGCCAGGCAGCGUACAACGGAUCAGAGCGCUUCGAAGAGGAUGUCAAACCCUCCGCCGGAGGCGCAGCAGCUGCGUAUCCGCGAAACGUGGAAAGAGAAGGGUGUUGUGGUGGACCUUGGCGGCGAAGACGACGAGCCUUUGGAGAGACGUCGCCUGCGCAGUGCGACACAAGCGACCACAGCGGCGGUGUCGACAGCUCGCGCUGCGGACGACGAAAGGCCGAUCACAGGUGCACUGCCCUGCACGCCGUCUCUACCGCGUCAGCGCAACGACGGUGGUGACGGUGCGUCUCGCCAACGAGGUGGUGGGGGGGGAGUCGUGGCAGACGCGCGUGCAGCAGGAGGGGAGGCGGCAGGUGGCGCGGGUGUGGCUGUUGCAGGUGUUGUCCCUCCCGUUCCGGCGGCAAGAGAGGAGGCUACAGUUCCAGCGACGGUGAGAGAGGAGGGUCGUGGACAGAACACGAACCAACGCGACGGCGGCGAGGCCGCUUCAAGCCGGGCACGCAGGGGACACGAGGGUGGCGAGGAUCGCAGACCAAUCACAGCUCCAGCAGGCGAUCUCCCGUGCAGCGUCCACGGCUGGGUUUUCAAGUACGGGAACCGCCCAAGGGGGUACAACCUUGCGUUCCAGUACUCGUUGGAGUCCAUAGCGACGGACAUUGCGCGUGCAAUGUGGUACGACGAGGAGUGGCGCAACGUCGUCAGCGUGCUGAUCUGCGCCCGCACGAUAGAUGUUAACAUGGACCUUCCACUGUGGUACGACGGUGCGAAUAUCGAGGACAGACCUGAGGACGACGACAUGGCUGUGUACCAGGAGUCCACCGUCAUCAGCAUCGCGCAUUCGUUCCGCGUAGCGGUGCAAAUGGGCGCUCACAUCGACGGCGAUUUCAUCUCCUACGAGCGUCUAUGUCGGGUGGCUGACUGUUUCAGGUUGUUGCUGGCGGCGUCCAUGUGGAUUACCCGCAUGGCGGGAGACGAUCCGCGCAGUCACUACGAAGUGUUUUACUUUGCGGAUCUGUCGUCCGCGCCGCGAACGUCGUCACGGAGAGGCUUGGGAAGGCGAAAGUCACGCUUGGAGUGUACCCCAACGACAUCCCUGAUUGGGCACCAUGCGACAUCGGAUUUGCGCACGACGCGACUAUCGGGGGCCCGGAGGAUGCGAAGAGGCUAGAUUGGCUGGGUUCGGGCCCCGCCGAUGAUGACAUCAAAGGCGAAGGAAAAGACGACGCAUAAGGCAGGCUGGUAUGCUGGGGGAGAGCGGGGAGACAGCGAUUCUAAGAACGAAGGCGCAUGUACGCGUGGCGAGACGUG